CCAAGCUUCCGAAGCCCAUGCAGAAUGAUUUUCGCUGCGUUUAUUCUCCUAAUUGGAAUCUUUUCUUCAGUGGACGGGUGUGGCGUUCGACCACGUUCUCGAAUUGUUGGCGGAUACCAAGCAGCACCUAAUUCGUGGCCAUGGCAGGCUAUGCUAAUGACUAGAGGUCCUUUCUGUGGGGGCUCAUUGUUGAGUCCUAACUGGGUUGUGACAGCGGCACACUGCGUUGAGAAUAUCAAUGAGGGAGACUUUAAGGUCAGGCUUGGAGCGCACCACAGGACCCGUGUGACUAACAGGGUACAAGACUUCAAUGUACGACGCAUCUAUCGCCAUCCAUCUUACCACCAUCCCAUUUCCUAUGCACAUGAUAUCGCCUUGCUACAGCUGGAUCGCCCAGCCCGAUUAAACGGCGCGGUACAACCAGUGUGCUUACCAAGUAAUAGAGAUCAACAAGGAAGGGAAUGCACCGUGACAGGCUGGGGUCACCUUAAACAUGGUGGUGGUUCACCCGAGUACCUUAAUCAGGUGAGCGUUCCCAUCGUAUCCUACAGUUCGUGCAAAAGAGUUUAUCCAGGAAGGACACACAAGAGUAUGUUGUGUGCAGGUCUAAUCUCUGGUGGGAAAGAUGCUUGCCAGGGUGACAGCGGAGGACCAUACGUGUGUAAAAACUGGAAUGGCAGAUGGUAUCUGGAAGGGGUCGUCAGCUGGGGUGACGGGUGUGCCUGGGCGAAUAAGUUGGGAGUCUAUGCCAAUGUUCGUUAUCUGAGGGACUGGAUCCAAAGAGUGACAAGGUUAUAAAGCACUCUCCCCGCUGUACACUUUGCAUUGAGCAAUGCUAACAUACAUUCAAUUAAAUAACUGAAUGCCAUA